GUAUCAUUCUUUUACACAAUGCGUUCAUACGUUCUUAUUGGGGCUGCUGCCCUCGUCGCCGCUGCUCCUGCUCCUGCACCACAGGCUUUCGAUCCCGCCGCAAUUGGAGCUCUUCCAUCCAUCGCUCAAGGCCCUCCCGUUGGUAUUGGUGCGGCCUCGCAGACUGCCUACAACCAAGGCCAGGCACAAACUAAAGCCGCCGCCGCAGCGGUUGGCCCUAAGACUGCGCCAAAAGCGAAGAGAGAUGCCGAUGUUGUCGAGGCUCGCACCAACAAGCUGAAGGCCGGACCUGCUUACGGGGCAUCAUACAACACCACAUCCAACGCAGCAUACGCCACGCCCACUUACGGCACGCCAUACGGCCAAUCUAGCUCCCAGGCAGCAUACGAUGCUACCCCCACCAGCUCUCAGUCUGCAACCUGUACCCCCAUUGGCGGGUCCAACAAUGGGGACUACACGCCCUCCACCAACCCUUCUGAUGCUUGCGCCCCCCAGCCAAGCGCUUACGGUCCCCCUACCGUGCCUGACACUGCCCAGAACUUCAAGAACAACAAAGUCUACCACAACAUGGCCAAGUCUGCUUCGGCGCCCGCUGGUUACGAACAGUCGUUUGUGAACUUGGAUGCUGCCACCCAUGGCAACGGAUACAUCGCCUACAAGAGCCUAGAAAGCUACGACGUUCUUGCCUGCUCUUCUUGGUGCGAUCUAACGACAACCUGCACUGGCUUCAACGUCUACAUCGAGCGGGAUCCUGCUUGGAACCCUACUCAGUGCUCCUGCACCAACCCUCCAUCCGUUGCCAACUACAAGUGCAGUCUUUGGGGCCAGCCUGUUGAUUCAUCUUCCGCGACCAACACUGGUGCGGGCAGCGGCGACUUCGAGGUUGUCAUUACCAGCUCCAACGGUUACAACAAGAAGACUUACACUCCUGCCAAUCCUCCCAACACCAGCAAUCCCAAGGACUGCGGCACGAAGCUCAUCAAUCAGCCGCAGGCCAACAUGGGCCAGUCCACGUUCCCUGGUCCUUUCGAUCCCUCGCUCUGCGCGGCUUACGCUCAGAAGCAGAACGACGUGAACAGGAAGGCGGAUGUUCUCUCAUGGGCUCUAUCUCUGCUCGGCAUGAACAAAGCUGCCUGCGUUCAAUUCCAGGCCGCUUACCUUAUGAAGGACGGCAUGGGCUUCGGUACCCACUGCCGUCUCUUCACCCAGAAGUUCACCCCCGCACAGGCCACCUAUGACAUUAGCUCAGGGUCAUAUGGGACCGCGGGGUGGAGCGUUUCCAAGUCCUUCAUCUGGGACGUAAACUCCCAGGCCAGCUUCAACUGGGGUAGCAAGAGUUACUAG